GGCAUGAGGCGCUAGCUGAGCGUCUCGAACGAGGCGGGCUGACGGCAGCACCAUGCAGGCGGCGGCGGCUGCGUCCGUGCCCUUCUUGCUGCUCUGCGCCCUGGGGACCUGCCCCCCGGCGCGCUGCGGUCGGGCAGGAGACGCCUCGUUGACGGAGCUGGAGAGGAGGAACGAAAACCGCUUCCUGGAGCGCCAGAGCAUCGUGCCACUCCGGCUCCUCUACCGCUCGGGCGGUGAAGACGAAACUGGACACGACGCGCUCGACACGCGGGUGCGGGGCCACCCCGGCGGCGGGCAGUUGACUCAUGUUGACCAGGCAAGCUUCCAGGUUGAUGCCUUUGGAACAUCCUUUAUUCUCGAUGUCGUGCUAAACCACGAUUUGCUGUCCUCUGAAUACGUAGAGAGAUAUGUUGAACAUGGAGGGAAGACUGUGGAAGUUAAAGGAGGAGAACAUUGCUACUACCAGGGCCGUGUCCGAGGAAACCCUGCUUCAUUUGUUGCAUUGUCAACAUGCCAUGGACUUCAUGGAAUGUUCUAUGAUGGGAACCACACCUAUCUCAUUGAACCAGAAGAGAAUGACACCUCCCAAGAGGAUUUCCAUUUUCAUUCGGUUUACAAAUCCAGACUGUUUGAAUUUCCCUUGGAUGAUCUUCCAUCUGAAUUUCAGCAAGUACACAUCACUCCACCAAAAUUUAUUUUGAAGCCAGCACCAAAAAGAAGUAAACGGCAGCUUCGUCGACAUCCUCGUAAUGUAGAGGAGGAGACCAAAUAUAUUGAACUGAUGAUUGUCAACGAUCAUCUCAUGUUUAAAAAACAUCGGCUUUCAGUUGUACAUACCAAUACAUAUGCAAAAUCGGUGGUGAACAUGGCGGAUUUGAUCUAUAAAGACCAACUGAAGACAAGGAUAGUAUUGGUUGCCAUGGAAACCUGGGCAGCUGACAACAAGUUUGCCAUAUCUGAAAAUCCAUUGAUCACCCUACGUGAGUUUAUGAAAUACAGGAGGGAUUUUAUCAAAGAGAAAAGUGAUGCAGUUCACCUUUUUUCGGGAAGUCAAUUUGAGAGUAGCCGGAGCGGGGCAGCUUAUAUUGGUGGGAUUUGCUCGUUGCUGAAAGGAGGAGGCGUGAAUGAAUUUGGGAAAACUGAUUUAAUGGCAGUUACACUUGCCCAGUCAUUAGCUCAUAAUAUUGGUAUUAUCUCAGACAAAAGAAAGUUAGCAAGUGGUGAGUGUAAAUGUGAGGACACGUGGUCUGGAUGCAUAAUGGGAGACACUGGGUAUUAUCUUCCUAAAAAAUUCACUCAAUGUAAUAUUGAAGAGUAUCAUGACUUUCUGAAUAGUGGGGGUGGUGCCUGCCUUUUCAACAAACCUUCCAAGCUGCUCGAUCCUCCUGAAUGUGGCAAUGGCUUCAUCGAAACUGGAGAGGAGUGUGACUGUGGGACCCCUGCAGAAUGUGUCCUUGAAGGAGCAGAGUGUUGUAAGAAAUGCACCUUGACUCAAGACUCUCAAUGCAGCGAUGGUCUUUGUUGUAAGAAAUGCAAGUUUCAGCCUAUGGGGACUGUGUGCCGAGAAGCAGUAAAUGAUUGCGAUAUUCGUGAAACGUGCUCAGGAAAUUCAAGCCAGUGUGCCCCAAAUAUUCAUAAAAUGGAUGGAUAUUCAUGUGAUGGUAUUCAGGGGAUUUGCUUUGGAGGAAGAUGUAAAACCAGGGAUAGACAAUGCAAAUACAUCUGGGGGCAAAAGGUGAUGGCAUCAGACAAAUACUGCUAUGAGAAACUGAACAUCGAAGGGACAGAGAAGGGUAACUGUGGAAAAGACAAAGAUACGUGGAUACAGUGCAACAAACGGGAUGUGCUUUGUGGUUACCUUUUGUGCACCAAUGUUGGUAACAUCCCAAGGCUUGGAGAACUUGACGGUGAAAUCACAUCUACUUUGGUUGUGCAGCAGGGAAGAACAUUAAACUGCAGUGGUGGGCAUGUGAAGCUUGAGGAAGAUGUAGAUCUUGGCUAUGUGGAAGAUGGGACACCUUGUGGUCCCCAAAUGAUGUGCUUAGAACACAGGUGUCUUCCUGUGGCUUCCUUCAACUUUAGUACUUGCUUAAGCAAUAAAGAAGGCACUGUUUGUUCAGGAAAUGGAGUUUGCAGUAAUGAGCUGAAGUGUGUGUGUAACAGACACUGGGUGGGUGCAGACUGCAGCACUUACUUCCCUCACAAUGAGGACUCCAAGACUGGCAUUACUCUGUCUGGCAAUGGUGUUGCUGGUACCAAUAUCAUAAUAGGCAUAAUCGCUGGCACUAUCUUGGUGCUGGCCCUCAUAUUAGGAAUAACUGCAUGGGGUUAUAAAAAUUAUCGAGAACAGAGACAGUUACCCCAGGGAGAUUAUGUAAAAAAGCCUGGAGAUGGUGACUCUUUUUAUAGCGACAUUCCUCCCGGAAUCAGCACAAACUCAGCAUCUAGUUCUAAGAAGAGGUCUGCUUUUCUGUCGCAUUUUCAGAUUUCUGCCUGUUCCAUCACACAUUAUUCCAUUAGUCAGAACAUUUCAUUAUUUUGCAGCAGGUCUAAUGGGCUUUCUCAUUCUUGGAGUGAAAGGAUCCCAGACACAAAACACAUUUCAGACAUCUGUGAAAAUGGACGACCUCGAAGUAACUCUUGGCAAGGUAACCUGGGAGGCAACAGAAAGAAAAUCAGAGGCAAAAGAUUUAGACCUCGGUCUAAUUCAACUGAGAGGGAGCCCCAAGCACCUGAGCCUGGGCACUCCCUCGCCCAGACAGUCCCAUCCCAAGGCAUAAGCCCAGGGGGCUCUGACAGCCCCCAGACAGGGAGUCUGGAUCACAGGUAUUUAAACCCAUGGUUCAAAAGAGACUAUAAUGUAGCUAAGUGGGUAGAAGAUGUGAAUAAAAACACUGAAGGACCAUACUUUAGCUCUCAAGAUGGCCAGCGUCAGGAAGACAGGACUCUAUCUCCUGCCAAGUCUCCUUCUUCAUCAACUGGGUCUAUUGCCUCCAGCAGAAAAUACCCAUACCCAAUGCCUCCACUUCCUGAUGAAGAGAAGAAAGUGAACCGACAAAGUGCCAGGCUAUGGGAGACAUCCAUUUAAGAUCCACUGUUUACAUGUGAUACAUCAAAACUGUUUACUUCAACUUUUAUAGAAACCCAGCCUCACGGAAUCACUGCAAAUCUAUCUGCUCUUCAGACAAUACAGACCCUCUGAGAUGCCACAGAGGAGAGGAAGCCGAGUCUCACGUCUGGAUACCAUUUUCUUUUUGUCAUUGGCUUAGGAUUUAACUGAACCAUGAAAAGAACUACUGAAAUGUUACACUAUAACAUGGAAAAAUAAAGGUACCGGUAUGUUAAUGGAUAAUCCGCAUGACAGAUACAUGUAGAAAUCUCACUAAAAUUAACUCAUGACCCAAAUGUAGCAAGUUUCCUAAGGGACAAUAGUGGAUUCAGAACUGACAUUCUGAAGCACAUCCUCAUUGUAGACAGUAAUGCUAUGUGCAUGAAGCUUCUGUUUAUUGCUUUCCACAUUUAAGGAAACAACAUCCCAUAAUAGAAACUAGCAUGCAGGGCUAAGGCAUAUAGGAUUUUUCUGCAGGACUUUAAAGCUUGAGAGGCCAAUAUCCCAUAUGCUUACUCGAAACAUGUAUCUUUAUUUUUGUUUUUUUACUUUUCAUAUUUAUAUCAGCAUACAAGGACAAUUGUACAUAUGUAAACAUUUUUAAAAUAAAAAAAGCAACUGUUACACACAAGUGUAUUUUGCCAAAUGCCUAAAAAUAAUCAGUAACAGGCACAUCGUCAUCAUCCAUCAAAUGGUCUUUAAAGAUGAUAAACAGGUGAUGUUGUAAAUAUAGUGGUCAGUGCCCUAAGUGUCUCUCUCCGUAAUUGGUAUUUGUCCUCCAAAACCUGUGAUAUCCCUUUAAGCUGUGCACAGCCUGGAGGCAGUUUUCUUGAGUGAUUAAUGAACCAGAGAAGAAAAUGCCCAGCAAAUCUGGGGCUUCCACAUUGGCUGGGGCAGGAGCUCAGUAGUGUAGCCAGUCUCUGGCCUCCAGGCACUCACUCUGAAGCUGAUGGCUGCUCCCUGGGAGUCCUCCAGCCAGUGUCUGCCUCGGCAGCUGUUGUCUUUCAGUAUCAGAGCACGCCUAGUCUCACCCUGGAGGCCCGUGAGCCCCUCAGCAGCACGUCCUGCUGACCUUAAGCAAGUGUACCAAAGACACGUGAGACCGGGGCCCCUGAUACAUUGAUAGCUUCCGACUUGCCGACACUCUAACCCUUUGUGGCCUCAAUUUUUGUUCUUUGACAAAACUUUUUAGCUACCUUUAUCUGUAAGAUGAAUAGCUUGUUUUAAUAAAACCAACUUUUACACUGUUUAUCAAGGAUAUUUAUCAUCAGUAGGAUGUGAGUCCAACAGGUCAUUCCGCACUGAUGUGGAAGCAAGGUGAUGGAGGUUCUACCAACUGGGCGGGAAGCCUCAACAGGCCACAGAGGGUUAGAAGAAACCUAAAGCCACAAGUGUGCGGCAACUGUGAAGUUACCCAAACAUCUAGCAGGGGAAAAGAUCUGACGUUUUGAACUCUUUUUUUUUUUUUUAAAUCCAUAGAAAAGUGAGAAAUCUAUGUUAAAGUCCCUUCUUUAAAACCAAAGUUGGAUAGCUGUUACAACGCAGCUCUGUCAUUCUAAAAGAAAACUUCCCCGGGAAAGACUACUCUAGUGAACUCCGAAAUUGAUGGGAUCAAUCCAAUGCUUUGAUGUGAAGAGUACUUCUGAAUUUCCUCAUUUUCUUUCCUUUGUCUUGAGAGGAAUGGAAUCUGCAGACAAGAUUUCAGAAAUAUUCUCCUAAAUUUGAUCUCUCCCAGUAGUGUCCAUGGUCAAAAUCCAUUUCAUCUUCACAUAUAGUCAUCUUAGAUGCCCAAACUGAAGGGCCAUGUUAGAGGCAGUAUUUUAUAUUCUAUGGUUUUUGUCUUCUGUAACGGACCUCUCUUCUGAAAGUCUUUGAAAAUGUUUGACAAGAAAUUUAAUCACUCAAAACUAUAAAGUGUUUGUAAAUGGCAUUUUUCAUGACAGGAAGGGAUGUGAUUGUCGAUACUACAAUGAAAUGAUCCAUCAGAUUAAGAUUUGGGUGAGUGUUGGGUGACGAUGCCAUGUAGCUCAAAUGAAGGGCAGGAGGGCAGACAGAUUUAAAGAUGUAGCAAAUAAAGUGGCUUUUGACCAAGAUCACUUUAAUGUGCACUGAAUAUUUUCUGGUAUUGAGUGUAUAAAAUGCUAAUGUUAUAAGAUUUAUUUUGACUAUAAAAGAGUUUAUAGAUUUGAAUGUAAGGUACGUUGUGUAAAUAUGCUUCCUAGUUAUGGUUACAUAAACCCUAAUUUGAAAGAAUUUACAAAUGGGGAGCUACUUGUCAACAGAUUCCCUCCCAUACACUUUCCUUACUUUCUCAAUUAUUUUUACAUGAAAAUUAUUUCAAGUAAAAGUCAUUGUAACAUGUCUUUUGUAAGGCAUAGUUAUUUAUAGUCAGGCUCCUUGAUAAUAACCUUCAGGUGGAACUGAAUGAAAAGCAUUUGUUUUAUUUGCAGGAAUAUUAUGAUUUUAUGGUAGCUUUAAUGUUCUGUUCUGGGUAUCUGCCUAAGAAUGUUUGAAUAUUCUUACAGCCAUUUGCAGAAUUCUCUGACAAGUUUAUAAUCUUAGUGGAUACUUUUGAGAAAUACCUAUAUGGGUACUCAUGGUUGGUAUUUAGAUGUAUUAAAUCUAAAUAUUUAUGACUUUUCAUCCACUGAAACAGGAAAAUGGACCUAUGGCACUAAACACAAGCACAGCAUUAGAACUUUUUAAUAUAUUUUGGAGAGGAACUUUGAGGUCAUCAGAGUGGUUUGUAUCACGCAACUAAUAUUUAUAGCCCCCAGUCAAUUAUAGAACUCUGAUGCCAAGCAGAGAAGAGUGGUUCAUUGGCCUUUCUGUUCCAUUGUAUGCCUUUUUCUUUUCUUUGUAAAGUUUUUUGCAUAGAUAAAACUUCAGAUUGACAACCGUGCUGCCUGCAACGGUCCAUUUGUCCAUAGACAUUGCAGUAUAGCAAACUCUGACUGAAACAUUGAAAUCUCUUUAUUAAGAAUGAUAACAAGGGGGUGGGGGUAAGAGGGAGCCCCUGAAGGAACUGAGGUCAGACUUACCGGUCUGUUUCCAGCCAACUCUUUCUUUAGUCAGGAAGUAGCAUCCUCCUCAGGAGUCCCUCAGCUGGAAAGUGAUCCCAGGUCACGUGCAGUCUGUGGAAAGGAACCCACUCAAACAGCACAGCAUAGUGAGGGCCUUCAGUUUACCUUAGUUGCUCUAUAGUUUAAAGAAACCCAGGGCUGUUCUUUAAAAAUUUUUGACUAAUAAAGUAAAUGUAGGGUUGAAAUGCCAAAAAUACUUGAGAUAGGUGCUUUAUUAAGUGAUACUAGUUUCUUUUUCCCCUGGCUUUAAAAAGGCUUUUAAAAUUGUCUUUAUGUAUAAAGUCAGUCUGGUAUAGAUUUCUGUGCAUAAGAUGGAUAGAGUUUCUAAAAGAAGUUGCUGAUAAAAUUAGAUCUUUUGUGCACUUCCCGAAAAGGACUAUUUAUGUUUGAUUUUCAUCACAGCCUUACGUUUCUGUUGUUGUUGUUGUUGUUGUUGUUGUUGAUUCCCUUGCAAAUUUGCAUAAUUUAAACUGUCAAUUGUCCCAGAUCUCUUUACCUUUUGCUUUUUUGGACUUUGUUCUUUACUUUUUAGUUACCUAUGGGCUGGAGGAAAUGCGGUAUUUUUAUGCCCUCCUUUACGAAAUCAAGCGUGUUUAUUUCAUCCAUUCUUCAUUUCCUGUUGUCAUGUACUUCUACUUUAGUGUUUUAAUGUUUCCUCAUGUUAUUCAACAUAAUAAAUCCUUACCUAAAGAGAAGACUAUUUUACUUUAUUUUACUUAAACGUAAAGGAAGGGUAGUUUAUUGGGAGGACACUGAGUAGCUGGCAGUGCCGAGAUGUGGCACUCAGUGGACUGAAGGAACGAAGGGUGGCCAGCCGCUUGCUGCCACAGCCUGACUAGGACACCACUGCCAGCUGCUGUCAAGGGUGCCCCCUUGGGCAGCAUAUUAUAAAUUCCAUCCUACCAACUUGGUAAGUUGCCAUCAGUUUUUCAUGAAAUGUUCUGACUUCCACUGGCGGCAUAACAUCUACAUUUCAGGGUCCUGAUGGUCCUUUUCCUUUCGCUUUCGUUUUCCCCUAAAACUGCUACGCACAUUUUCGUUGUUGUUCAAUGGAGUCAAGGUGAAUUUCUCAUUCUACUAGCUUAAAAUAUAUAAAAGGCAGGUAUUUCUGUGGAAUAGGGCUUAAUUUGAGGCUUGUUAAUUUUUUGUUGUUGUUUUUCCCCUCAGUUAUUUUCUGAAUGGAUAAAAACUGUUGAUUUUGGAUGCAGCACGUUUCCUCCUGGCAUAGGAGCACUAAGCACUUUCAUAAACAGCUUCCCCUGUUGGAUUGUGAGGAGCCCACACUGCUCUUAUGAAUCCGUUAAGAGGCAGCAGCCCACGAUCUGGGUGUCUGUAUGCGUGUGUGCACACGUGCACAGCCGCAUGUGCUAGAACUCUGGGCACAUGCUGAUAGCAUAUGAUGUGCAGGCAGGUGCCUUUAAUUCUGAGAGGAGCUUUCCCAGAUGUUCAUCAAAUGAAGAUACAGCAGGACUUUAGAAAUCAGGGCAUAGUAUUUCUCUUCAUGUUUUAUUCAUGGCUUUGUCAGAGCCCCUAACAUGGAGCACCAUCUGGUUCAGUUUAUAAGUAGAAAAGCAAAACAUUCAAAAACAAAAACCUGCCUGGCAUUUUUGUCCUUUAUCUCCAGGGCCUGACAAACAGUAAGCAUCCUCCCUACGGAGUCUGAGAGAUGCUUCCAAACCCUUCCUACUCCUCUUCAGUAGCUUGCCAGCCCUUUUCUCCUCACUGUCAUGGAGGUAAGUCCCUUCUUGGCUAAACUGGCAUUGGGGAGAACCACAGGGUGAAGAAUAGGAGGAAGAGAGGCAUCUUUAGUCUUCUCUCACUGGCAACUGGGCAUGGAUUAUGCAACAUUUAGAAGUCACUAAGAGAUUGGUCUUCGGGUAUAUUUCAGGAUGGAGGGGGGAUAGAAAGUAGUGAGCCUUGGGAGGUCACGGGGUAUUUAGUCUUGACACAGGAGCAGAAUGGAGACGCACAUGAACCCAGAAGCCAGGUGUGCAGAAGGUGAUCACUGGAGGUGUGGUGGGGACAGAGGGGCUGAGUGCCUACGACAGACUGGUAUACUUUGCAGUUUUACUGAGUGUUGGCUCUAUAAAUACUUUAUGGGCCCAGUACAUGUUGGCCUGUCACCCUUGCUCAGUGUGUCCCUAUUGAAUUGUUCAUAAAACCUGUAUUGAAUGGAGACGUACUUCAAGGCUGGCAGAGUUUUGCUCCAGGGCACCAUUAUUUCAUGUUUUUAGGUAUCUUUAAAAUCAAAACCAGGGAAAAUGUAGGGUGGCUUUUUUUUUCUUUUUUUUUUUUUUUUUUUUACAAAAAGGCAUACAAUGAGACUAGCAAUCUUAAGAUAAUGCACUUACAAAAUCAUCAGUAAAGUUUUCAAAGAGUUUAUGAAGAAAAGGACAUUUUCCUCUCAAGUUAAAAAAGUGUCAGAUGUGGAUUUUUUGUGUUGUAAUGGUCAAACUCUAAAGUAAUGCAAAUAGCCCCCAAAUCUUUAAACAUAGCGGUGCUAAGUUAUACCAGAUAACACAUUAUGGAAAGUGCUGAUAUGAAUUAAUAAUUUAUUCAGUUAUGAUACAAGAGUUCUUGCUAAAUUAUACAUGUAUAUCACUGCCUGAUUAGAAACCCCACUUUCUUUUCUAAUCUAGCACAAAAUCUGUGAUUCUACAGCUAGUCUUUUUAAUGGGUAAAAAUUACCCAACACCUUUGUUUUAUAUGGGAAACUUUUUUUUUUUUUAACACUAACUUCUAAAGUGCUUAACAAAAGGUUUAUUCAGGAUAACUAAGCACGUAUGUCCUUUUUAAACUUGCUGGAAGAGACUUACCCCUCCAAUCUAGCAUCCCAAAAAGACAACUUCUUUUAGGAACUGGGCAUUCUAACUAAACAUAGCAGCUUAUAUGUUAGCCAAGGUAGGUCUGCGCUAGUGUUUUCCACAACCAUCAUCUUAAGGGGUGAUGUCCAUCUACAGAUAGUGGAAGCCACUUCAUGGGGAAGUGUUAUUAUCGGCAUGAUUUCACUUUUGGUAACCAGGUAAUCCUGUGUAUAUACCUAAGAUUGGCUUCAUUUUAAUAUAUUCUCUCUGCUCCUCUGCACUUCAGGUCUUAAGCUAUUUUAAAAAUUGGGUUUUGGCAAUCACCAACUGAAAUGUUUAUGGCAACUGCUUUCCUGAGCAAGCGUGAUGUGUUUUAUGGCUGUUCAAAUUAAUCAAGUUGUUCUUAUAUUGUAGGUAUACAAAAACCUUAACUGUUUUUAAAGGUCACUGUAACUUGAGGUUUAAAUUUCUGGCACAAUUUUAUUUGUAUUCACUUCUGAAGCUAAAAAGAUACCACAGUUUUCUAUGUUACUCUCAUUGUAACAUCAAUAAAGUGACUUUCAAUAAAAGAUUUUAUGUUAUUUUGA